GGAGUCGCCGCCGCCGCCACCGGCGCUGGUGAGCUUUUCAGUAUGUCCAACAAAGAAUCUUGUGGGAAAAAAGAGAAGUCUCAGAGGAAAGACACCACCUCAUCACUCAAUUUUGGUGAUAAAGACAAGAAAAGGGAAAAAACCUCAGCAAGUUCUACGAGUUCACCUUCCUCUAUAAGAUCAAUUUCAUCAGAAAAGAGAAAACUGAAAUCAAAUCAUACAGACAUUCUGUACAGUAAUACAAAAAGAAGACAAGGACUGAAAAGAUUGAAUAUAGAAAUUGACACUCUGAGAAAGAGACCAAAAAUCAGCUCUUCAUCCCAAGGACAUAUUAAUCUCCAAGAAGUAACAUAUUCAAAUGAUAAUCACAUUAUUUCACUGAGUUCUUCUUCAAAUGGAACUAAAAAAGAGAUAAGUAAAUGUGUAGAUUUUGAACCUAAAGAUAUUAAAUUGACAAAUGCUAGGAGUAAGCUUGACCAUGAAAUUAAAAGCCUUAGCAGUCUUAAGAUUGCCAACGAUGUGAAACCUAAAGCUGAAGGCCAGUCAAAUGAAAAGAAAUGGUCUCAUUUACUUGCUCAGAAAGUGAAGAUGAGAGAACUCCAGAAAGAAAGGAACAAUAAAUUUAGACACAGUUCUGAAAAAUGUGUGUUGGAGAAAUGCAAGAGAAUUCAAUUUUCUCAGGAGUAUAAUUCCCACAAGAUAAUGAAGGAACCCUUCGAAUCUAGAAGAAGGAAGAUCAAUAUAAAAUUCCAAUUAAAAUCCCAUGAUACCCUCCAGAAGCUUGUAGAAGAAAAUGUCUUGAAUAUCAAUCCUAACAAAUCAAAGACUAAACAAGAAGAAAGAGUGUGCCUGGAAAGCACCCAGGUUUCAUUAAAUUUGAAUAGGCACAAGACUGAACAUUUAUUUUCAGAUUCCACAUAUAAGCAGACUGUACAUGAAUGGAAAGGAAAAUAUCAUUAUGACCAUCAAAAAAGUAAUGAUUUAAGUUCUAGGGAAAAUCUAAGCCAGCGUUUUGAAGCCCCAUGUUCUUCAGUGUCAUCUGAAAAUAUUCAAGAUACAGAUCAAGAGAUGCAAAUAGUAGAAGAGCUUCAUGCUGCACGUAUGGGAAAAAGUGUGGAUUUACCUGUGGUUCCAUCCUGUGGAGAGCUAAUGAGUAUGGAAAUUGACUUGGUGGAAGAUGAUGUACAUUCCUCUGCUGCAAAUACUACUUCAGACAAAAAACUUCUAAUUGUUAUUGACACAAAUAUUCUAAUGAAUCAUCUCAAAUUUGUUAGAAUUUUGAAGACAACAGAAAUACCAGGUUUUGAUAGACUUGUGUUAAUAAUUCCCUGGAUUGUUAUGCAAGAGCUAGAUCGUAUGAAGGCAGGAAAACUACUAAAACAUGCCCAGCACAAAGCUAUCCCUGCAGUUCAUUUCAUCAAUGACAGCCUCAAAAAUCAAGAUAGAAAACUAUGGGGUCAAUCAAUACAACUUGCAUCUCAAAAACUUUAUGGAUUGAGUGAUGAAAACAAUGAUGAUCGAGUACUAAAAUGCUGUCUUCAGCAACAGGAAUUAUCCCCUUGUUCUCUUGUUAUUCUGUGCACGGAUGACAGAAAUUUAAGAAACAAAGGCCUAAUAAGUGGUGUGAAGUCACUCAGUAAAGAAGAAUUGAGUGCAGAGUUAUUAAACAUGUCUCUGAACACAGAUGUAUGUCAUCAGCCUUGUAUUUCUAAGCAACAGUUGAAAGCAGAAGCAACACCCUUGGAAGAGAGUUGUGGGGAUGAAUCUACAAAUUCUGGACUGUCUAUUCUACUUGAAAGCAUCAUAUCUGAUCUUGAAAAAUCUCUUGGAACAGCUUUAUCCUCAAUAUUAGAAACAGAAAUGAAAAUUGCUUUUGGAAACCUCUGGAUGGAGAUGCUGUACCUGAAACCACCAUGGACUCUAAUACAUUUAUUACAGUGCUUUAAAAAACAUUGGUUGGCUGUGUUUGGAUUAGUUAUGGAAAAGAACUUGCUUUUAACUAUUGAGAGCCUAUACGAAAAUCUAUGUAAAGCUAAUAAUGCAGUGGAUUUUACAACAGUGAAAUUCCUGCUUCAGGAUUCUAAAAGUUUGUUGCAUGCUUUCAGCACAAGGUCAAAUUAUGAUGGCAUUCUUCCACAAGCCUUUGCCCAAGUAAACAAACUGCUCCAAACAUUUGCAGAGGUCAGGAUAAAACAAAAGCCAAAUUCUUCAGAGAACACAGUGAGGAAAAAUCAGGAAGAUACUUCUUCAAUAAAGUCUCAUAACCAAGAAAUCACUGUUUGUUCGAAUUCUCAUCUUAUCCAGCUUAAGAGGCAUCAAGAAAUCUGGUCUGUCCUAGAGAAUGUUUGGAUUACAAUAUAUCAGAACAGCACGGAUGUAUUUCAAAGAUUGGGCUCAAAUUCAGCUCUGAAUACUUCAAAAAUAGCAUCAUUUGAAGAGGCAUUUAUAUAUCUUCAAAGGUUAAUGGCAGCUGUGAAAGAUAUCAUUGAAGGAAUUCAGAGGAUUUUGGCCCCCAACAGUAAUUAUCAAGAUGUUGAAACCCUCUAUAACUUCUUAAUUAAGUAUGAGGUAAAUAAAAAUGUCAAAUUUACUGCCCAAGAACUUUAUGAUUGUAUUUCCCAGAAUGAGUAUCGGGAAAAGUUAACCAUCGGAUGCCGCCAGCUGGUUGAGAUGGAAUAUACCAUGCAGCAGUGCAAUGCAUCUGUCUACACGGAGGCCCAAAACAGGGGAUGGUGUGAAGACAUACUCAACUAUAGGACAUAAGUAUUGACUUGUGACUUAAAAGGAAUUGCAUUUAAGAAUAGCAGAGUAGAUUUCAGUCUGGUCACUUUUUGAACCAAACCCAAGGUAAUUUUUAAAAGUGUUUCACUGGUGCAAAAAGGUGAUUGCUUAUUACUGACUCUAAAAAGCCUAAUGUAUCCAUUGUGGGAUAAACUGUGGACUCGUCUCUUCUGGAGUGGACAGUAACUCCCUACCUCUUCUCCUGAUACAGUUCCAGUAACUCUAAGGAAAGGAGAGACAUAUUUUUAGUCAUCCUAGGUCAGGAGUCACUGUGGCAUCUCAGGAAGCUCUGGGCACAGCAUUACCAUUCUUUCUCAACCUUAAAUAUGGGCAUUUGACUAGAGACACUGCCAAACCCUAAGAAAUAAUGACCAUGCUCACCACAUUCCACAGUAAAAUCUUUCACGGGCUAGUUUUAUGAUCAAACUAUCUAUGUAGACCUGGUGAGAAAACACCCAGCCCGUCACCUCCCUCAAGGUAGUGAAAGUAGGAUUUUGACUUUGAUGCUUGCUUUCUAUACAGCCUCUUCUUAUCUCUGGGCUUGUCACUUUUCAGUGCAUUUUUAAUGAGGAGGAGCAAGGUGACCCCUAUGUUGAGUUUCCCCUUAAAUGUGAAGCCCUAUGGAUUUAAUAGAAUUAGGUGGCAGUGGCUGAUAUUUGCCCUUAGCUAAAACGAAGUGUUCUAUUGACUUAUUUAGUUAUUCAAUGAGUUGGAAAUCCUUGUUUACUGGAGUAUAUUAUGCUUUUGUCAAUACAUUAGAUUAAUUCCAAUUUGGUAUUCUAUUAUAAAUGUUAAUUUUUUAAAGCAAUAAAUAACUUAUUUUUGCUAAGAUUUUACUUUUCAUUUUACUACCAAA